GUUAUGUUGUUCACACACUAUUAAUAGUCCAUACAAUUCGUGACCUGCUAACUGUUACAGUUUCCUCACGAGAUCACGAGGUUGACAACAAUGUCUCUUCUGGAAUACUCAGAAAAGGCUGUAUAUGUCAAGUCCUCCACCAACAUUGUCCAUAACUGUGGCACUUGUCCGUACUUUACAACGUCACUAUUUCUGCUAAUCAACCACGUUCGACGUCAUACCUCACUGCUACGUUUUGACUGUGAAAACAGCACCAUCGAGACUUAUCUUUGCCAAGAUUGUAACUACCAAACACAACUGACAAUUCUUUUUAAACAACACAUUGUCCAAUUUCAUAGCAUUAAAAGAAAAAACAACACUUUGCUUAUGGAUGAAUAUGUUGUGCAAAAUUAUGCUUGUGAAAAGUGCAACUAUGAGACACAUUUUCCACUUAAGUGGCUUCAACAUAGUGCAACAUGUGUGGAAAAUGACAAAAAUCGUGUAACAACGAAUUUCACUACACUACAAGUGUUAAAAAACGUAAACGUACAUAACACUGAAUGGUAUGAAUGCAAAAAGUGCCCAUACAAAGCUAAAAGAAGCUUUAAUUUAAAAAGACACAUAAUCUCGUGGCAUUCCAAUGAACACGACAUUAAAUGGUAUGAAUGCAAAAUGUGCCCAUAUAAAGCUAAGAGAAAUGGUGACUUAAAAAGACACAUAAUUUCACGGCAUUUGGGCGAAAAUGACGUAAAGUGGUACAAAUGCAGCUGCUGUUCAUACAAAACUAAAAGAAGCGGUGCUUUGAAAAUGCACACAAGGAGACAACAUUUGGAUGAACAACAUAUUAAAUGGUAUGAGUGCCAACAGUGUCCAUACAAAGCUAAACAAAACUCGAAUUUAAAAAGACACAUAAACCUGCACCACGCAAGCGGAGACGAUAUUAAAUGGUACAAAUGCCACAAGUGCCAAUAUAAAGCUAAACAGAGCGACCGUUUAAACUACCACAUAGUGGCGCAACAUGUGGAUGAACAAGACAUUAAAUGGCACAAAUGUGAGCAGUGUCCAUAUAAGAGUCAAAGAAAGAAUGAGUUACGGAAUCACGUAAAUGCGUGUCAUUCACAUAAACAUGAUAUAAAAUGCUAUGAAUGCAACAAAUGUCCACAUAAAACUAAAACUAGUGGUGAGUUAAAAAGUCACGUGACUGCGCGCCAUGUGGGUGAAGGCGAAAUUAAAUGGUAUGUAUGCCACAAGUGUCCAUAUAAAACUAAAAUGGGGGGGAAUUUAAGAAGGCACAUAAAUGUACUGCACUUGGGUAAACACAAUAAUAAACGUUUUGAGUGUGAAAAGUGUGCAUAUGUAACUACACUGCGUUCUAAUUUAAGAAGGCAUGUAAAUAGGUGGCAUGUGGAGGAACAAAGUAUUAAAUGGCAUGAGUGCAAAGAGUGUUCAUACAAGGCUAAGGAAAAGUGGGUUUUGGAUAGACAUGUAAAUGCCCGUCAUUUGGAUGCUGAGGAUGCUAAGUGGUAUCAGUGUAAGAUGUGUUUAUACAAAGGUAAAGAAAAGGGGGCGUUGAAUAAACACAUGAAAAGGCACCAUGUGGAGAGAUAGGAUCAGUGUAGAAGUGGUCAUUUAAUUUUUAAAUAAAAUCACACAAUUACAAAGAAGUAUUAUUGGUUGCCUACAACAAAAUCAUGUGUUAUAUUUGAAAUAAUAUUCUAAA